UCCCCCUCCUCCUCCUCCUGCUGCUGUGGUCCACAGCUCCUCCUGCAGGAGGAAGAGUUGUUCACACCCCAAUACCGACAUGGCUGCUGCGGUCAGGAUGAGGACGUGGAGCUGUCCCACCACAGCAGCUUUAUACCUAUGGAGCUUCCUCUUUCUACUUCUACUCAGCACCAUAACCUCGGUCUGUGCAGCGCCGGAGACCGGCCUCUGGGAGAUCACAGUAGUCAAUACUUCAAGACCACUGCUGUUAAAGAAAUCCAUGUAUAAAGACACCAACAUUGAAAUGAAAGUUGUGCAUUUUGGCUGUCCUGAGGCGGUGAACUUCACUAUUCGCUGGUAUUUAAAAUACUACCCCUGUCACAAUGAAUUCAACAAUAUUGAAGAAAUGUAUGGGAGAACACCGCUGAGUCGUGGAGAGGGCCUGGACCCAAAUCCCCUCGGACAAGGAGAGUACAUCGAACACAAACACGCUCCCAUACCAUGUAUCAGUGGACGCAAACCCUUUCCAAUGUUCCAAAAAGCCAAGGCAGAGCCCCAUCCAGUCAAACCACCUGUUGAGGGUGCAGUGUCUGAUAAAAAGGAAACCAGAUGGAUUACUGAGGAGUACAACAGUAGCAGCACCGCGAACAGCAGCAGUGUAAAUAUCCAUGACAACGUGAUAGCCACCACGUGGAAGGACGGGCCUUACCUGCUGGUUGUUAAGAUUGUGGCCAGUAAACCGGAAGCCAACUGGAAUUUAACAGUUAAUGUGAUGAUGAAAGGCAGCCAUGGCUACAUUUCUAUCACAGAAUGGCCUCUCAUGAUUUUCUACAUGGUGAUGUGCAUAGUGUACAUCCUGUACGCCCUGCUGUGGUUUAUCUGGGCAGCGUGCUACUGGAAGGAUCUGCUGAGGAUCCAGUUCUGGAUAGCGGGGGUCAUAUUUCUCGGGAUGGUGGAGAAGGCCGUCUUCUGUGCCGAAUAUGAAAACACCAAUACUAACGGCUCUGCUUCUCCAGGCUUGUUGAUCUUUGCCGAGCUGGUCUCUGCCCUCAAAAGGACUUUGGCUCGAUUGCUCGUCAUCAUCGUCAGCCUUGGCUAUGGCAUUGUAAAGCCUCGACUGGGGCAAGUGAUGCACAGAGUUGUGGGGCUCGGCAUCCUCUACUUUUCCUUUGCGAGCAUUGAAGGUGUCCUGAGGAUUACUGGGGCAAAAGACUCUGACUUGGCCCUGCUGGCCAACAUUCCCCUGGCUCUGCUAGACUCCUCUCUAUGCUGGUGGAUCUUUGUCAGCCUGGCACAAACCAUCAAGACUCUGAAGCUGAGGAGAAACCCCGUCAAGUUGUCUCUCUACAGGCACUUUACAAACACGCUCAUAUUUGCCGUCAUUGCUUCCAUCAUUUUCAUGGGUUGGAUAGCAAAGAAAUUCCGGCUAGCAGAUUGCCAGUCUGAUUGGAUUGAGCUGUGGGUGGAAGAUGCUUUCUGGAGGUUCUUGUUUUCCGUCAUUCUGUUCGUCAUCAUGUUUUUAUGGAGACCUUCUGCAAACAACCAAAGGUAUGCUUUCACACCUCUCAUGGAUGACUCUGACGAUGAGGAGAUUGAGGAGUUCCUUGCCUCUACACACCUUGCUGAUGGCAUAAAGUUGAGAGCAACGAAAAGUGAGACGAAUGGCACCAUGAAGCCUGCAGAAACCAACCCGGCGGAGGAAGACUUGAAGUGGGUGGAGGAUAACAUUCCUAGCUCUCUUACUGAUGUUGCGCUACCAAUCCUGCUCGACUCAGAUGAGGAAAUCAUGACGACCAGAUAUGAGAUGUCAAAGCUGGAGUGAGGCAAAACCUUUCCAGCGAUGGAGGGAGAACAUAGCAGCUAUCCCUGACUCUGCGUCUGCAGCAGGGUCUUCUCCAGGAAGGAUUUCCAGUAGGGGUGGUGGUGGAGAAGUGCCAUUUAGUUUGUCAGGGCACCUUCCCGUACGGCUUCUACUUCGCAGGGUGUUGCAGGUCACAGUUUAAUGGGGAGCUCUGCUCAUUUCCUCACGUCUUAAGAGCAAAGGACUCUAUCGGAGGUAAACUGUCUUUUCACUGACCAACUGGUUCACUAUUUCAUUGAUUAUGAUCAGUUUUUGAGCCUUUCUUUCCAAAGAGAAUGUUUCAUUUUAUAUUAAGUGCUGUAUUUAUUUCUGUUUAUGUUCAUGUGAAUUUAUUUUAUCAGAGAAUUAAGAACAGUGGGCCUCAUGCAUGAACAUACUCUCAAAUGAAGUGUCUUUUUUUGCGGGCAUCUAGAUGUUAUUGGUUGGUUGUAAUAAAAUAAGAUGCUUAUUUAUGAUGGGGAAAAUGAUCAGUAAUUAACACCAAGAAUGAUUUAUCUAAGUUAUUUUUUACAGCCAGGGGAGAGACAGAAAAAUUUUACUUCCAUGUGUUUAUUAAUUCCAACAGAUUCUUUUCUUUAUAUAUAAAUGUAUGAUUGUCCAUUUCGGUUAACAGUAUGUAUUUUUCAUGUGACUGCACGUCUGAAGCACACUUCUUUUUUUUGUUUUUUUGCCAACAUUAAAAUCUGAAAAUUCAAACACACUGACUUUGAAUAGAACAUUUUGCUCUUAUGCACUUUGAAGAUUACAGCUUUGCCUACAUGUAGUUUCUUUUAUGAGGCCUAAUCUGUUCAGGUUAUUGAAAUCAAUAUGUAGGAAAGUGUCGCUCAUGUCUCCGGCAUCCUCAGUAUUGGUGUGUGAAUGAGAGUGAGGGGGAUGAAGAAGCACAAACGAUUUGAAUUUAAAUGUAAAUGGGUUAGAACUGGGGGGUUUGCAGUCAUGUUUUGAAUCUGCUGUAUGUGUAUGUGUGUGUGGGGGGGUGGGCAGGUUUUUGUGUGUUCUGAAAUAAGGAGCAAUAUACUGUAUGUCAAUAUGGAGUUAAAUAAUGUCAUUAUUUAUUUGUGUUUCAAAGUGUACUUAUAAGUUGUUAAAAGUGUGUCCGCCCAUGUUUACUCUCAAGUGUGUUUACAAUGCGUGCUUCCAUUUAUUUAAUGCACAGCUCGUUUCUUAUUGCUUUGCAUUGUUUUACUUUCUUUGCUGAUAAAAAGUCAUUGUGAUGGUUUCACAGACAUCUUAAUAAUAUUCAUGUUCUGUUAAAUAAGUCUUUUUUUUUCUUCUGAAAA